AUGAAUGGUCAUAAUAUUGGAAAAGAAGGAGAUGUAUUUGGAAUGGCAUUUAUUGUUUACCAAUUAUUUAAUGAAACACAAUGUGAUAUUAAUGCUAUUAAUUUACCAAUACUUCCAAGAUUUUAUAUGAAACAAGAAUUAUGUGGUCUUCAUGGAGAAGAAAAGAAAAUAAAGAGAGAACAAAUUGUUAAAGAAGAUGUAUAUGCUAAAUUAAUUUGUAAUAUUUCUCAUCAAUUAGAAAAUUUAUUAUUAGAUACAUGGAGUGCUUGUAAUCUUGAUAGAUUAACAGCAAAUGAAUUUUUAAAUAGAAUCAAUGAUUGUUCUCUUGUAACUGAAUGUGGUGGAUUUUGGGAUGCUGAUUUUUGGGUGCAUUGUACUAGAGAAAAUGGAUGUCUUCCAGAAAAAGUAAUGAACUUUGAAAAUAUGGCAUCUAAUAUAGCGACAUGUGUAGAAAUACCAUUAUCAUCAGUUAAUCAAUCAAGUCAAAUCAUAUCAAAAAACAAUGAGAUAACAUCAGAUGCAUUUGGAUACUUUAUUAGUAAUUUUGGUAAAUUUUAUAUAGACAAUAACAUUAUGUCUGAUCUUAUUCAAUUUGCAAGUUCUGAUUAUUAUUUUGAUAUUUCAAAAGAAGAGGCACAAACAUAUUUAAAUAAUAAAGUAGAUCUCACUUUCUUGAUUCGACCAAGUAAAACAAAUCCUAAAUUCCCUUUUACUAUUUCUAAGAGAGUUAAAAGUAAAACUGUCCAUACAAGAAUUGAACGUAAAGAUAAUGCGUUUUAUUGUACUAUGAGUGGUAAAGAAUAUAAAGCUAAAAGUAUUCCAAGUUUAGUUGAUAUGUUAAGAGGUGAUGGUUUAAUUAAAGAGCCAUGUUCAAAAGAACUUAAUGAUGAUAAUUAUUAA